AUGGUCGAGCCGGACGCGGACAUGGCAGCGAUCAAGGAGAUCGAGGACCCAGCUCAUGGAAUGGAAGCUCUUCGCCCGACGACCUCGGAGUCGCCUGGAAUGGAUGGGCGCACUACGAGCAUGGAGGCUUCCAAGGCGGCGAUGGUGAUCGAGCAGCACCUCGCGGCAACGGCAGGGCUUCCGAAAGGCUGCUUGUUCCAGUGUUCUCAGGCGAGGACAGCGAAGACGUCGGUGGCUCCGCCCGGAGUUACCUUAGACAGGAUCGGAAAGGCGUUCUCGGACUUUUUCAGGCGCUUGAAGAGACGGCAAGGACUCGUCCUCUACCAGGCCCUCACCGGAAAGGCGUGGGUCGCGGCCGAGGAACUUUCGGUGCCUAGGCUGGGAUCCGAGGGCGGCGUGGGCUACCUGGAAGAUGAUGAUGAGGAUGGUGCGGCCACUCGGCAAGAGGACAUCGAGCUCGAAGACGGGGUUCCUGAAGAGGUGGCCACCGCGUACGCGACCUACCAGAGUGCGAAGGACCGCUACAAGGAGCAGCAGAAGGCGAGAGGCUUCCACGGCGAUCGCGGUGGCGGAUACAACAAGGACAAUGCGAAGAAGGCCGAGCUCACCCGCGACGAGAAGGUGAAGCUCAUGAAAUCGCGCUCCUACUGUAGCAGUUGCGGGCAAAAAGGACACUGGCACCGCGACCAAGAGUGCCCUAAUCAGGGCGGCGGAGGUGCCGGAAACAGGACGGUGAAGGAAGUGGAAGUGUGCCACCACGUCGCGGCCGAAGUCUUCUCCCUGCGCCAUGAUGGACCGACGCUCUUGGGAAUCACAGACACUGCCUGCGCAAAGGCGGUGGCUGGAACUAUGUGGCUGCAGCAGUACAGCGAUGCACUGGAGAAAGUCAACCAGCGCCCACAGCUGGUGCGCGAAAGCGAGGCUUUCCGCUUCGGUACCGGCAAGGUGCACCACUCCUCGUUCCACGUGGUUCUCUCCUUCAAGAUGGGCCAGCAUGUGGUGGAGAUGCGGACCUCCAUUAUCAACGGUGAUGUGCCCCUCUUGAUGUCGAAGCAAGCGUUGGCCCAGCUCGGGAUGAUCUACGAUGUUGCAGAGAACCGAGCGGAUUUUACCCGUGUCGGGGUCUUUGGAUUUGAUCUCGUCACGACUUCGUCGGGUCACCCGGCAAUUCCCAUAGUACCGGCAAAGCCGGUAAACGACCUCGAACGGCUGGUCAUCGGAGAGACUUCCACCUCGACAGGGCAGCAGUACAUGGCGUUUGCAGUUUCAGUUGUGCAUCAGGCAAAUAGUGGUAACGCACGACAAAGCACUCCAGGCCCAGACUACCACACGGCCCCUCCAUUCCGGAUUUUCCACGAUAAGAAGCUCAGCCCAGAAGUCAAGGAGUUGCUCACUCAGGGACUUCGUCUCGACGCCGGGCACCGAGCUGAUGAAGAUCGGGAGGUACAAGGGCUUCGAGUUCCAGGAAAUUCCCCGUCAAUACGGUAUGUGGGCGGCACGAGAGGUGAGAAUGUCCCNNACCCGCACCCGGAGCUCAUCCGCUACGCGAAAUGGUGGGAGCAGUACGAGUACGAGAUUCACUACGGCGACGGGGACACGCUCGAGGCCAAUGCGACGGUCCCCUACACGGAGGAUGCAACCCAGUGGUCGGUCUCUUCAGGGACCGAGGGGUGGGACAAGGUAUCGGACAAGGGUCGGAGCUAUGCAGCCAAGGAUCUGCCGAUCGACCCCCGGGCCAACAAGAGGGCAACCUCCAGCUCCGGGUACGACCCCGAGGUGAUGAAUGCGAUGGAGGCCGAGAUGGACCCGGCUACCCUGGAGGAGAUCAUCGCGCUGGAGACCAGGCUUGCGACUCUGAAGCAAAAGGCGAAGGCGGCACCAGGGCCAACCAAG